GGUUGCAUCUUUCCAAAGGAUUAUAGGUCCAUCGGUUUAUGGUUGACGACUACCUGGGACGUUGGAAGCAUUUGUUCUCUCUUUUAAGCUGCUACGCUCUUCUGCUUGUAGUAGUACCAUAUUGGUACCCAAUCCUCUAUUUAUUUCUGGGAUUGUUUCUGGGAGUUCGCCUGGUCCUUGCUCUUGCCCGCCACCUGCGCUUGUUCCACAAGUUUGUUUACGCUGCAAGGCAUAACUCUGCAGAGUUCAAGACCGCAAACGUACAUUGGCGCCGUCGCCCAAAGUUUUCUGCUACUAUUUAUCUGAAGACACUUAGAAAGGUUAUCAUGUCUGAACGCACCAAUAACGAUGGCGGGCGUUACGCCAAUCAAAUCCAAAAGAUGAAAGCCCAAUUUCUUGAAAUGGCGGAUUCCACUAAUUUAUCGCAUGAUAACCCUUGGGUUCUUGUUGCCUCCCUUGCCAAUCCAUCGAUCGAGGUGUACAAGCUCCAGAAUACAGAUUUCUGUGUGAAGGUCAUUGCAGAGCUGAACUGUACCAUGGAGACGGCAUUUGAUCUGCUGUCGGACAUCACUCGCCGCGGAGAAUGGGACGAUUUAUGCGAAGAAUCAGGAAUUAUCGAAGUGAUUGAUAAUGCUACGAAGAUACAAUUCAUGAGAACAAAGGGCGUUUGGCCAGCUUCCCCUCGUGACACCCUUGUCUUGGCGCAUGUUGAACGCCUUCCAGAUGGUCGCUACCUGAACGUGGCCCAAUCAGUGGAGCACCCCGACUGUCCUCCGCGAGACGGAGAGAACAUUGUGCGGAUGGAAGCCAAGAUAUCCGGACAAGUCGUUGGACCCACCCUCGAUAAUCAGCCUGGAAUGUGUCGGGUUGUUCAGGUCGCGGACGGCGACUUAAAGGGAUGGAUACCGAAAAGCGUUAUUGGCUUCAUUGCGACAAAGAGCGUGCCCAAUAGUUUUAAAAAAUUGGAUACUAUUCUCAAAGUCUUGGAACAAAAAACGGUUUCGACUGUUUUGGCUCGGGCGGAAGGCACGGCGGACGUUGUCGCACAGAGAAAGGACAAAAAGUCCAGUGAAGAUGAAGGAGAUGGAGAUGCUGCGGUUGGAUCUGUUACGAACCUUCCGUCUCCCAGCGCGGCAGCGGCGACCUCCGGCACAAUGAUCCGACGCUCUGCACCGAAACCUCGGGCCUCUCUUCUGUCUAGAAUACGGACAAUACUCGAUUGGUGGAGCCCGUAUAUGGUUACGAUACUAUUUAUUUUAAAGAUACACCGACUGAUAAAAGGGAAAAAGCAGCUUGAAUAUUUUUAUGGAUAAUGGGAUGUAAUAGAUGUUAUUGAAUAUUCAAUUAUUGGCUAUAACCACA